GUGGGAGGGGCCCUCAUAAUGGCAGAAGUACAUCCCGGAGAGCUGUUUGCUUUUGUUCCUGUGGCCCCACAGCCCUCGUCAAGUGCAGCCCUUGGUAUGGCCCCAGGCUGGUGAAAUGUUGCCUGGCUGGCUGAGCCUGAGCCUGCUCCUAGAGAGAGCCCAGCAUGUCCCGCAUCCCCUUGAGAAGUUCAUGACUGAUAUCAGUUUCAGUGACGGGCCAUGGAGGCAAUGUCAGGAGAACAGUUUCAGCUUUGUUCAUGCAGUUAGCCUGGUGAAUUUGUGUAACUUGUGUGGAAUGUGUAGAUCGUUGUCUUCCUGAGGAAUCUUGAGGAAUACGUGCAGACGGAAGAGUUGUGUAACAAACCAACAAGUGUCUGUCUGUGAGCAGACAAGUUUAAAUAAUUUUCUGUCACUUCGCACCCAGACAUGGAGGAAAUGACGAUAUGGGAGCAGCACACAGUAACCCUGAACAAAGAUCCGAAAAUAGGCUUUGGCUUUGCAUUGUCUGGUGGCCGAGACAAGCCUAACCCUGGCACAGGAGAGACGGUGGUGGUGUCCGACGUGCUGCGAAAUGGGCCCGCCGUGGGGAGGCUACAGACCCGAGAUCAGAUCGUCAUGGUCAAUGGUGUCUCCAUGGAGAAUGUCACGUCGAAUUUCACAAUUCAGAACCUCAAGGCCUGUGGAAAAGUAGCCAACAUUACAGUGAAGAGGCCGCGGGUGAUCCAGAUCCCCGUCACCACCCGGCCGACCCGUGCCCAGUCCAGCUCCAACCUGCUGGCCGACGACCCCAACCACCGGCGGCCGCGCAGGGGCUCCGACAGCCCCAGCUACGGCAGGGCCCCACGCAGGGGCCGCAGCGCCUCCCCAGAGCGCAAUGGCCACGACCUGGCCCUCAUGUCCGGCUUCAAACGCCUACCGCAACAGGACUCCCCGGACAAGCCCAUCAGAACCACGUUGAUCAAGAAGAAACAGACAGACGAGUAUGGUAUGAAGCUGGGAAGCCAGAUUUUUAUUAAACACAUGACGCCUACUGGACUGGCUGCCAAACAAGGGACCUUGCAGGAGGGAGAUCUUGUUCUGAAGAUCAACGGAAUGACUACAGAGAACCUGUCACUGCUGGAGACCAAGCACCUGGUGGAGAAGUCCAGAGGCAAGCUCACCAUGGUGGUCCUGAGGGACAACCGGAAGUUCCUGGUCAGCAUCCCCGAGGUGGAGGACAGUCCACGGAAUAGUGAAGAUGAGAGGCACGGAGACAGCUCUGAGCUAGAAGACAUCUCAGACCUGGAUUCAGAUUCACCCACCAGGGGCAGACCAUCGCGUCCCGCCGGGCGAGAGCGCCGCACACACAGAACUCGAGCAGAAGCUCCUCUGCCGAUGCCGAAGUCACGCGACACGUCUCCCAUGCGCUCAACGCUGAGCCGACCUCCUGUACACAGCCUUCCCAGACGGAGAGUUCCCUCGGAGUCUGAAUCAGACAAAAGUAAUUCUCCACCCCCUGCGAGAAGGGACAGCCGAGACCUGACAGACUCCGACCGAUACAGGGUUCUGUCCGGCAUCUCCACCCUGCCCAAUCCCCGUGCCUCUCCGGCCCCUCAGAACUGGAACGCCCCCCGGCCCACCUCCUCAGCCUCACGGCCACGCAAACCUGUUUCAGAUUCGGACUCCGACAGGAGCGGCUCCCCCCCGCCCAGACGCAACAGCCCCAAGAUGGACCCGAGAUACAAAGUCCUCCCUGACCUGGCACCCCCCGGCCUGCGCGCCAACUCCAGGGGCUCCUCGCCGUACAGACCUCCACCGCCAGAUUCGGAGUCGGAGUCAGACGGCAGCACCUCACGCCACCAGGACUCCCGCAGCAGAUACAGAAAGCCCUCAGGCGUUGUUAAAGCUAAAGCCCCUGCAGUAGAGCCCCCACGCUGGACCCCUCCCACAGUGUCCACCACUGCCCGGGGUCACACGGAUUCAGAGUCCGAGGCAAGUUAUGCCUCUGCUCCAAGAGAGGAUUCUCCCAUCAGCAGGGGCUCCAGCAACUCCAGGAGAGCAGUUGGAAGUCGUCCAGAAAUGCGAGUGUCACCAGUCGUUGUCAGACAGGCAGACUCUCUACGCAGAGCCUCACCCCCUGCCAGGCCUCCACCUGAAGUUGUUUCAGAGUCAGACUCCGACAGGAGCGGCUCCCCCCCGCCCAGACGCAACAGCCCUAAGAUGGACCCGAGAUACAAAGUCCUCCCUGACCUGGCACCCCCCGGCCUGCGCGCCAACUCCAGACCUCCACCGCCAGAAGAGUCCUCGGAGUCUGAGCGGGCGCCGUCUCCCCCCAGGCGCUACGAGAGCACGGACGAGAGCGACCACAGUUUUCCACGCGCAAAUGGGACACUACGCUCUGACGUGUCCAGGGCUAGCAACAACAAACCGCAUGCCAGGGCCAUUGAGGAGCCAGUUUACUCCCUCCCUCCUGAUGCCUUUCCCACACCGAACGUGGGGUAUAGCUCAGACCAAAAUGUCGUGGAAUUUGUGAAGGACGGCAGCGUGGGCUUGCGGCUUGUCGGAGGAAACGAUGUGGGGAUCUUCGUUGGGGGAGUUCAACCCAACAGUCCUGCACAUAGGCAGGGGAUGAAGGAAGGAGACCAGAUCAUGCAGGUAAAUGGUGUCGACUUCAACCACUUCACACGAGAGGAAGCAGCCAUGUAUCUGCUGAACAUCCGCACAGGGGAGCCAGUUUCCCUCCGCACACAGAACAAAAUGGACAUUUACCGGAAGAUUAUGAAGUCCAGUAUCGGAGACUCCUUCUACGUCCGCACACACUUUGACCACGAGGCAGAGGGGAGCAUCGGCCUGAGCUUCACCCGCGGGGAGGUGUUCCGUGUGCUGGACACCAUGCACCGGGGGAAGCUGGGCAACUGGUUAGCAGUGCGCAUGGGGAACGACCUACACGAGCUGGACAAGGGAACCAUCCCCAACCAGACCAGGGCUGAGACACUGGCAAUGGCGGAGCAGGCCCAGAGAGUGUCAGCGGUCGAGAAACAGUCCUCGGGCCAGAGGGCAGAGUUCUGGAAGAUGAGAGGGCUUCGCGGGGCCAAGAAAAAUACCCGGCGAACCCGAGAUGACCUCCUGCAGCUGACCAUCCAGGGCAAAUUUCCAGCCUAUGAAAAGGUCCUACUGAGAGAAGCUAAUUUUAAACGGCCCAUUGUCAUUCUUGGCCCUCUGAAUGACAUUGCCAUGGAGAAGUUGGCCGGGGAAAAGCCAGAUGAAUUUCAAGUUGCAGAUAUGGUUCCAAGGAGUGGAGCAGAGCGUACUUCAUCGACUGUGAUCAAACUGGAUACUGUGAGGAAAAUCGCUGAACAGGAGAAGCAUCCCUUACUGGACAUCACGCCUACAGCGGUGGAGAGGCUGAACUACAUACAGUACCACCCCAUGGUGUUCUUCCUGGACCCACAGAGCCGGAAAGAUGUCAAGGCCAUGAGGCAACGCUACGCUCCUGACUCCAACAAGAGCUCUCGCCGCCUCUAUACCUCAGCCUUGAAAAUGAGGAAAAACUACAGUCAUCUAUUCUCUGCCCGCAUCGAUUUGCAGCCUGGUUCACAUGUGUGGUAUGAGGCCCUGAAAGACAAAAUAAGGCAACAGCAAGCCAAGCCAGUCUGGGUCUCCGAGGUUACGCUGGAGGGAGGGGAGACUGAGGUGCUGGAGGAGUUGGCCCCUGACCACGCCUCGGACUACCUGAGCUGCGACAGCCGUGGCGCCAGCGACUACGAGGACACGGACGGCGAGGCCUACACCGACGGAGAGCUUGGAGAAAUCUACACUGACAACGAAGACAUCGACGACGCCUUCAGCCCCCAGGAGGUCACGCGUCACGGCCGGAGCAGAGGGACCGCGCUGGCCCGCUCCUCCGAGCCCGCCAGGGCCCACGAUAGCCCCAGUCCAGAGGCCCGCUACAGCCCAGCGCCUCCCUCCGAGGCAGAGCCCGUGUACCAGCUCCCCCCUGACGACCGGCCCCCCAUCCUCCACGUCCCAGGGCCCCGUUUGCAGCGCCCCCCUUCGGACAGCCCCCCGCGUCACGACGCCCCGUCCCCGCGAAGCUUUAGCGACUCGGACUACAGCAACACGGAGAUCCAAGUCCCAACGACGCCGUCCGAUGGACCGCCGGACUUCCGGGCCCCAGACCCCAGGGCCGCAGGAGCGGCCUCUGAGUCACCGGAGCCUCCUCCAGAGAGUCCUCCACCACCACCACCCGUCACGCUGUCUUUCAUCGAGGAAAAGCUGAAGAAGACUCGCAUGGAAGAAGAGCCUGAAGAGAGACAUUCCCCUCAAUUCCUUGUGCUGGCACAUCAUGAGGCGCUGCAGAACCGCCGGACUCAGAUCCAUGGGAGUGACAGCUCAGAGGAUGAAAAUGACAUUGAGGAUGUCAUUGCCGAUGACGAAGAAUGGGGUCCAGCCACAGAACUGUAAAGGGCACGUUUUAGCCUAUGUAUUAUUUAUCCUGGAGGGGCCUGCUGCUUUUAUUCCUCCUGAUCUCUUUGUUUGGAUUGCCAAAAGGGAGAUGACCUUACAGACAACCCUGCCUGAGGCCAUUAGCCAUUUGGAAGGGCUACUUCCACAGUCCUGUACACUGACUCUAUGAACUCUUGGACAUAUACUCCUAUGCAUGAACAAUUGCUGACUAAUAGCGUUGAUGUUUUAUACUGACUGUGCACAGAGUCUGAUUGGCUCGACCAUACAUGUUUAUGUUAAUUAAUUUUAAAUAAAAAAAAUAUUAUAAAUAUACAUGGUUGUUGUAAAGCAAUGUCUUGCUGAAUGUACCUGCUCAGAUUGCCAGAGACCGAUUGAAAUUCCACACUUGCAAAAUUACAUGUAGCCUGUACGGGUGCUUUCAUUGCAUUUUCAGAAAUUGUGUUUAAACUC